CUGGUCCGUCUCAACCUUUUACAGUCUAGAAGAAGAAGUGUCCUGUUUUUAGCGUACUGAAGUUAUUGUACACAAUAAUGACUAAAUUAUUUGUAUAUGGCGGAAUAGGUAAUGGAUGUCUACACUGCCUGAAAACGUGGUCGUCAUGUCAAAUACUGUCUGUAGCAUCGUUACAGGCUCAGGUUGUCCGCACGCUUAUGAGACCCGUAGGGAAAGAAACUGGUGGUGAGGUAUCAAAAAGCAAAAGCGGUCUGAAAGCUAUUGACCUUGUCAACCGAGAACGUGAGUCGAAAGGAACAUCCAAAAGCCGAAAAAUACCAAAGACCGAGAAUUUCAAAGAGACGCACACAGACGCCUCCCCGGUGCAGCAGAGAGUCUCACAACUUAAACAACUCAGCCAACAGUUACAAAAGGUCCACCCAAACGUGCUAGCCAAGGCUUUACACAAAAGCAUAAUCUUUCAAAACCAAGAUGUAAUCGCGAUCAACAAACCUUAUGGAGUUCCAUUGCACGAUACAACGGAUGGCACAACCAGCAUAAAACAUGUGUUGCCAGUUUUGGCGAAAAUGCUCCAUGGUAUGCGGACAGAGAAGAGGUUGCACAUUUGUCACAGUCUGGACAAAGACACAACUGGGACUUUACUUCUGGCCCAAACCGAAGAGGCAGCUAACCACAUUCACAGCCUCUUCAAGGCCCUGCAAAUGGAGAGGAAGUACUGGGCGGUGGUCGUUGGUGUACCUGUUCCCUCAGAAGGGGUUGUAGAUAUACCGGUCAUUGAGAGGGGGGUUACUGGAGCACAACCCCACUUUAAGAUGGGGCUUAGUCCUCUCUUCCGCGCUAGUGAUAAUGGAGAGGGUGUGACUCGGGUUCGAGCCAACAGAAAUGCUCAGAGUGCAGUGACUAACUAUCGUGUGCUUGACAGCACCCAUGGCUGCAGCCUAAUGGAGCUCCAGCCAGUCACAGCCGUGAAGCAUCAGUUGCGAGUCCACAUGGCUUUUGCACUUGGAUGCCCCAUUCUGGGUGAUCAUAAAUAUGCCCACUGGAAUAAGCUAGCACCUCAGCAACUGCCAGAGAGAGUGAUCCGUUGCUUGGGCCUGGAGCAGAGCAAAGCACGCCAUCUUCCUCUACACCUACACCAUCGCCAGCUGACAGUCCCCGGGUUCAAAGGUCACCGUGAACUCAUUGUAUCCUGCCGGUUACCCAGGUUUUUGACAAGUACUUUGCAAAAGCUACGUAUUUCAAUACCAGACAAAAAGGAAGGAACUGGAGGAGGAACUGAGACAUAGACACUCAAGUCAUGUUUGAAGCCCUCUGAUGACUGUGAGAAGGAGAAACGGGAGGCUUGGAGUCUCCAGCUCUCUCUUCAUGGGUAAUCCUGGUUUAGGACCCCACAAUGCCUACUAAAUGGAUCAAACAGCUCUUUUCAUGCCCAUAUAUGGACGGGGUUUCUGCUCUGAUAAAUCAGAUAUUUAUAAAGAAACUUGCUUUCUGUUAUCAAAUAUGAACUAAAGACCGCUGCAUUUGUUGUAAGUUAUGAAUGUGGGGUGCUAGUUGUAUCCUGUGUGUAGCUGUAAUAAGAAGUCACACAGAACACUUCAAAACUCAGAUCUCAAAAUUGUCGACAUUCUUUUUUUUUUUAGCUAUGUGUAGUUGUAUUGAACAGCUACUGACUUACACCAAGGUAAGCAGGUUUUUGCAGGUAAAUUAAAGUGUUGAUGCGGAAUAAAAGUUUCUGAAGUGUUUUGCAUAUUCAAUAAUAUAUAUAUAUUCCUACUGUUAUUUCAGAGUUCAAAAGUUGUAAAUAAAUUAGACCUACCGAUAUUUCUAAUUGGUCACUAAAAACAUUAAUUCGG